AUGAUUGGAUCCUCAAACCACGUCGUGUCCAGCAGUAUUGCCACGAAGAUGAAGGAGGCAAACAUGGCGAUGGCGAAGUUCCACGGCGACUAUAGAUGUGAUUACUGCAAGCGUGCUGAGGAAUGGGCACAAAAACGGGCAGCGAAGGUUGGGAAGGGCCCCAGUGAAAUCACACCGUUCAUUUGCACGAUCUCUGGGAGACGGAAGCGUUGCGACUUCUGCUCAAAGGGCCGGCGCACACCCUGCUCGCUUCAGCCAUAUCUCAUCAACAAUUUGGUCAGCGUCGAUAAGGACCUUGUCGGCACAUACACAAUCAACCACGCUCCCGAGGCCACAGUUACUGGCAUCGAGUCCAACAACAAGAUCUACUCGGCAGUCCGCGUACAGGACGGUUUGCCUCGAACGAAGCGUAUGACCAGCCCCGCAAAGCCCAAGCGCAAGAACGCAGUGAAAGCAGCGAAAAGGGUCGCAAGGGUUCGCAGCAGCGCAAGCCAGCCCCGCAAGCGUGCUCAGCCGCGCACACCUAUCGCCACCUCAGUAACUGGAUCGUCUUCGCAUUCAAAUGACUCGCAAAGUCAUGUCGAGACCGAUCUUCUGAGCCAGGAGGGAUCUCGUCUCCGCAGCACUGCGGAGGAGGCCCUAGAUGGCCUGUGCAGUGAUGUCCGCAGACUCGAGAGCGAGAUGUACGAACUUCGCAACACAUUGGAAGCCGAGCGGGCAUUCCGGAAGGAGGUAGCAGUCGAUCUCGCCAAACUUCGCAGUGAGAUGGAUGACCUACGCGCCGGCGCUGGUGUGCGCUCCUUGGCCGCUCUUGAACUGGAUAUAUCAGCGUUCGUUGCCAAGGUUAGGAGGCAGUUGGGCAGUGUCGAUGAUCGCGAUGAUCUUGGCACGACCCAUCAAGCGGCUUUACAUGCCGCUGGUAAGGAUGUCGCGGCGCUAAUGCCGACUUACGUCAUCCUCUCACGCCUCGCAACCUCCGACGACUUGCAGCCCGUCGUGCUACAUGCGGCGGCGCUCAACGCUCACGGCGUCCACCAUCCCGCAGCUGCAGCCCCGUCGCACCCCCGCCGUCGCCGUCACUGUCCGUCCGAGGCCUACCUGGAACGAAGGGACCCGCCAGCUGGCGGGUUGAAGCGCGGCGGCUUAGCCCGCGAGGCCGUCCGCCAGGUCGACAUGGGAGCCGACAUAGGGUGUCGGCGCGACGAAUCCUUGCGGAACGUCGGCGGGACGGGUCGCUUCUAUGCGGGGAAUUGUAAGAGACUGUCGCCGAUAUCGAUGGCGGAUUCACCGCCACCCGAAAUCGACCCACAGGUCCAAGGCGACGACCACCCUCGUUUCACGCCCUCGAUCGUGGACGGGAUAGUCAAAGCGACAGAAGACAAGGGCGGCGAGCUUCAAGUCACGCAGUCGGUGGAGCGGUACCGUAGGAGGGCCAUGCCAGGGCGCGAAGAAGAGCAAACACCUUACCACGUACUUGCCGCGCCGAAUGCGCGGGUGAUAGCGACGCUUCGUGCGAAGGCUCAGAGAAUUCCUCACCUAGCCGCGGACGUGCCCGCACCCGUUGUUCAGGUCGGCUCGGAACUGCGGUCUGUCAAGGAUGGGCCGGUGAAGCGAAUCGGCAUCGUAGGUCGCACAGGCGCAGGAAAGCGCUUGCUCAUGCACGCGCUGUUUAGCCGCCUUGCUCUCGUCCCGCAAGACAACGUGCUCUUCAAGGGAACACUCCGUCAGAACCUAGACUCAGAGGGCACCCGCACGGAUGCGCAAUUGAUCUCUGCCAUCCAGCCGACGUGGCUACUGCCGCAGAACGGGGCGCAUGACGCCGUGGCGGAGGCGAAGUUCAGUCUGGACUCUCUCGUCGGCGACGAGGAGAGCAACUACUCCGCUGGCGAGAAGCGGAUGUUGGUGCUCUAUCGGGCGUUGGCGAAGAACAGCCGCAUCAUCGUCCUCGUCUGGGAUGUGUAA